AUGACGCUGCUCAAAAAGUUGGUUUGCAAAAGUGUCAAAGAGGAGCUUUACUGUGAUGGAAAUAACUAUGAACGAAGGUUCGAUCAGGCAUCUUCAUACGUUCAGGGUUAUGGCCGCAGCGCAAGGAGAGAUCCUCGCAAAAUGUCACGGCAACAAUCCAGGCCAACGAAUCAUAAUAAUAAUAAUACUGCUCAGAAGCAAUCGAACCAAAAACGGCGGCGCAACAAAUCCAAAGGACGUCAAAUGCAAAUUCCUGGAGCGAUACCCGAACAGACUGGAAUUUCCUACAGACACCCAGAGUUUGAAGAAUUAGAGGCCGAUGAUUUUGUAGUGAAUGCGGUUCGAAAGUCCUUGAAUCAUGGAAAAAGCAAGAAAGGAAGAAGAGGACUCUUCCAACGAGGCGAUGCAGAUUCCGUAUCCACAGCGUCGUCCGUGACCAUAGACUUGUAUGGUACUGGAAACCCACAGUAUUAUUAUGGAGAAGAUGGAGACGAAUCAGAUGUCGUCAGCCAAGAAGGCAGAGGUCUUCGUCUAGCACCGGCACCGUUGAGCAAACCCUUGAUCAUGACGACACCAAACUACCAAAAAGAAAGUGCUGACGAGGACGAAGCAGAAGGAUAUUUGGAUCAAUGCAUGGGCAUGAUGGCCGAUUUGUUGGUUGGUGAAUCUGCCGUACCAAGAGAAGCUACCAAACAAAACCGCAUCGCCAAUGGAGAACCUGCUGCCGCUGCCGCUGCCGCUGCUAAUGUGGAAGAAAAGUACAAUGAUGAAGCAAAUCAUCAUCAUCAUCAUCAUCAUCAUCAUGAUGAGACUGCUACUACAAUUACUCCAGAUUAUGAUUUACAAUCGUUAGCGGGUGAAUCCGAUGCCUUUAAAUCCGUGAGCUCUCAGAAUACCUACACGGAUGAAAGCUCGAGAGAUUCGUAUUCCACUGGGAAUUCCAGUUACGAAGGUAGCGAAGCCACUUCGGAGCUUGAGAAUGGCCUAUUCUGUGGAUGA